GAGAGCGCGACGUACGUCGAACCCGAGCGAACUAGCGGCGGACGACGGACGUACUUACUACUUUCAAACAUGGCCGCUUCUCCGUCUUGAAACGUUACCCGUUCCGUCGUGUCUGUUUGCAACGAAACCAGUCAGUCUGCGCGUGAACCGAAAAACCGACCGAACAAAACUCCCCCUGUCCGUUUUUCGCCAUUCCCGGUGAGUUAUCUUCGGCCGUCGACGCUUUGUCUCCAAUAAGUCCGAUAAACGACGCGUUGUUUUCGAGGCGAGCAUAUUUACCUAUUAUAAUAUUAAUAAUAUCUGUCCCCCGUUCGGUUCUUUGUCGGCUUAUUGUAGUUCAGUUAUUGACAUUCAGUUAGAAACGGCUUCAAAAAUAUGUAUAACAACACGGGUUAUCCAAUGUAUCAACAACCACGUACAGCCCAAAAUCAAGGUUAUGGCAAUCAAUUUUGGAAAUCUCAAAAUGGCAACACAGAAAAUGCAGAUUUUGGUGGUGCAAUGUUUAAACCAAUGAAUAAAGCACCGGGUGAAUUAUUGAGAAAACCAAACUGGACUCGUGAAUCUCUUCAACCGUUUAAAAAAGAUUUUUACGCUCCACAUGUAGACACUGUUAGCAGGAGUCCAGAUGAAGUAAAUUUAUAUCGUGUCGACAAAGCGAUCACAAUUCGUGGAGCAAAUGUCCCUGAUCCUAGUCAAUUCUUUAUUGAAGGUAAUUUUCCCGAGAGUGUUGUUCAAGAGUUAAAAAAACAAGGAUUUUCUGAACCCACUGCAAUUCAAGCUCAAGGAUGGCCAAUAGCGUUAAGUGGUCGCGAUCUUGUAGGUAUUGCUCAGACAGGUUCUGGAAAAACAUUAGCGUACAUGUUACCAGCAGCAGUGCACAUUAGUAAUCAAGAGCCACUUCAACGUGGAGAUGGACCUAUUGCUCUAGUAUUGGCUCCAACAAGAGAGUUAGCUCAACAAAUACAAAGUGUUGCAAAAAUGUUUAGCUCAAGUAUUCGCAAUACUUGCAUUUUUGGUGGCACUCCUAAAGGGCCUCAAGCCCAUGAUUUACAAAAUGGAGUUGAAAUUGUAAUUGCUACUCCAGGGCGUUUGAUUGAUUUCUUAGAACGUGGGUCCACAAAUUUAAAACGUGUGACUUACUUAGUACUUGAUGAAGCUGAUAGAAUGUUAGAUAUGGGAUUUGAACCUCAAAUUAGAAAAAUCAUUGAACAGAUAAGGCCUGACCGGCAAGUAUUAAUGUGGUCUGCAACUUGGCCAAAAGAGGUUCAAGCAUUAGCUGCAGAUUUCCUAGUCGACUACAUUCAAAUCAAUGUUGGUUCUUUAGAACUUGCUGCCAACCAUAAUAUUCAACAGUUAAUUGAAGUUUGUGAAGAUCACGAAAAAGAUUAUAAAUUGUUUGAUCUUUUAAUGAAAAUAUCUAAUGAACCUGGAUUUAAAGCCAUUAUCUUUGUAGAAAAGAAAAAGAAAGUUGAUGAGCUGACUAGACAAAUAAAAAAUGAAGGAUAUAUAGCAACAUCUAUGCAUGGUGAUAAAUCUCAGCAAGACCGAGAUCAUGUAUUGAAUGAAUUUAGGAAUGGUAAAUCACCAAUUUUGGUUGCUACUGAUGUUGCUGCUCGAGGAUUAGAUGUUGAUGAUGUUAAAUAUGUAAUCAAUUUUGAUUACCCCAACUCUUCUGAAGAUUAUGUACACAGAAUUGGAAGAACUGGUCGUUCAAAACAAGCUGGAAUUGCUUAUACAUUCUUUUCCACAAAUAACAUGCGACAAGCCAAAGAUCUCAUUUCAAUUUUGGAAGAAGCUCAUCAAGUAGUCCCAGAAGAACUCAUUGAAAUGGCAAAUAUGGCAAAAAAUCAUAUGUCAAGUCGGGCUAAGUGGACCAAUCGUUAUCGUGAUGUAAACACACCACUGGCUACUCAAUCCCCUUAUGGACAAUCUAAUAAUGCUAGAACUGCAAAUCCUAACUAUACCAAUGGGUCUGGUUAUGGAGGAGGUGGAGGCUAUGGAAAUAACUUUAACAGUUAUAGUAAUGGAGCCACCAACUAUGCUAAUGGUGGAACUUUCGGAAAUGGUCAAAACUAUCAAAACAAAGGUUAUAAUAAUGAACAUAAAAAUGGAGCAUACCAAUCAGGAACAGGCAGUAUUCCUCGUAAUGUUCCCAAGUUCCAAAACCCACAAUAUCAAACCCAACAAUAUAACGGAAAUCCCGGUCAAAAAUACGGACAAAGUCAGAACACUGUCGGUUAUAACCGUGGUCAAAAUGGCUACACUAAUAAUCCACGUGCCAACUAUCAGCCAAACCGCUUCAACCAACAACGUCAGUUUUCUAAUAUGGCUGACAUGUAUGCGAGUACCCUGCCACCACAGUAUGUGAUGAAUAAUACUGGUGAUGCUUCCAUACAGCCUCUACUUACACACAAGUUCUUCCAGCAGAACCGCCCCCCGGCAGCUACUCAAGAAGCGUUUCCAAAUGGUUACACCACCGUGCCACAAGCAGGUUAUCCAUACUAUGGCCAGCCACAAUCAGUCCAACAGUAAACUAAACCUAAAGCAUAUAUAAUUAAUGAUUGUGACUUCUUAUAAAAAUUUUUUGGAUUUAGGGGCUAAUUUUUUUUUUCUUCCAGUGUUUAAUUGCAAAAUGAAGUCACAUUCCAAAUUUAACUAAUAAAGUUAACUUUAUUGCUAAUUAUCUAUUAUUAUAAUCUAAUACUUUCUUUUGAAAUGCACGGUAAACUUGAAACAUCCAGAAGAAAUGCAUAAUAUAUAUAUUGACAAAAUAUGGUUACUUCCUAACCUAAAAUAAAAUAUUUAAACUAGUCUUAAAAAAAGUAUAAAAAAUUGUGUUUUAUACGAAUAUUUAGACAAUUCGAAUGAGUUCCUUUUUUUCUUUUUGCCAAGGGUCAAUUUUUUAUAACAAGUCCAUGUAAAUUGUAUAAAACUCGAUAAAAUUAACAUUAUGAUAUUAAUUUUUAUUUGUCUUAUUAAUUUAUAUUGUAAAAAAUAAUAAUACUCGAUCUGUGAUAUUUGUUAAACGAUGUAUAGCGCGAUGUUCCCUAAUUUAGAUUUUAAGGGAUUUAUUUAAAACGAUAAACAAAACAUAAUAAAAGGAAAAUGUGUUUUAGAUAUAUUUUUCUGUGGCAUCUUUAACAAAUCUGGGGGAAAUGGAAAGACUGAUGUGAAAAAAAUUCGUAUUUCUAUUUAUUUAUAAAAAUGCGGAAAGCUACUAAAGUUUUGCGUAGUGGUGCAAUAUAAUAUAAUAUGUCGACCAAUGAAAAAACGUCUCGGAUUUUUUUUUUCUCCAACUAAAUCAUAUUUGUGUAUCAUAUUGUUAUUUUAUUGAGAUGUUUUCUUUUUAUUAUUCUAUUUUUUUUCUUUUUAUAAUAGUGAUCAAAGAAAAGUUUUAAGGUUUAUAUUAUUAUUAAUAAUAAUAAUGUGUAAGUUAACAUUAUUAUUUUUUUUUUGUUUUUUGUAUAAGCUCUAUAUUAUGUGACCCAAUUUGUCGAUAAAAUUAAAAAUAAUGGCGUUUGAAUUAGAACUGAGAACGCAUAUUAUUAAAAAAAUAAAAUACUGAAUGUUCUUCUGUAAGUUUCUACAUUAAAGUGCAUUUCUUUUAUUCAUGCUAUUGUUUUUGUUUUUUUUUUUUAUAUUACAUAAUAAUAAUAAUAAUAUAUUUAAGUACAUAAAUCUGUUUAUCCUUUGCUCUAUUCAUCGAUAUCUAUAAUUUCAACUGUGUUAUUAAGACACGAAAUAAAAUAAUAUAUAAUAUUAUAAUA